AUGUCCGAGAAGUGUACGAAGAUCGGCGAGCCGCAGGUACAACGGGUAGAGAACGACGAUAUCUUCGAGGAGAAGAUAGGGAGGAAGAAAAGUACCGCGCAACGACGAUGGCGUAUCCUCGCCAAGGCGUUGAUCGGCCCUCAGGAACCGAUCUCGAUGGGCGCGGAAGACGAGAUCUCGGUUCGCCGUUUCACCAGUUUCAAUUUGUUGAGGGUCGACCGCGUCGAGAGCAAUACCGCGGACCCGGACGCCGCAUCUUGGUAUGAAUAUUCGACCGUCUUAGAGAACAGUAAGCUGUUCACCGUGGAGAUCCGUCGAUUGAAGAAAAACUUCACGGCGAACGAGCUGAUCGGUUUCAACAAUACCGGCAACAUCUGCGUCUGGCCGUCGGAGGAAUGUUUGGCGUAUUAUUUGUUGAAAAACCGGCAGCUGUGUCGGAACCGAAGGGUCCUUGAGCUUGGUGGCGGUAUGAGUUGUUUGGCAGGGAUGAUGGUCGCCAAGUACUGCGACCCGAAGGAAAUCGCGCUGACAGAUGGCAACGUGACCAGCGUGAGCAACGUACGACGAAUCAUAGCUAGAAACGGCAUGACCGAUCUCGUGGAUUGCGGCGUGGUUCAGUGGGCCAAAGCGGCCAGGGCUAUCAGAGCGGUCAGGAUGUUCGUACACCCGCACCCCAACGGCCUUCGAAUCAAGAACUGGACCAGCGGCGCCAAGGACGUUGCGAAAUUUACGGGAAAGCUAUACGAUGUGAUCCUGUGCGCGGACUGUCUCUUCUUCGACGAGGCUCGGUCAGACUUGGUGGAAACGAUCUACGGUUGGCUGGCGAACGACGGCCUCGCCUUGGUGAUGGCGCCAAGACGAGGAUCGACUUUCGAGCAAUUCAGCGAGGCGGCGGUGAAACGAGGUUUCGUCGCGCGACGAAUAGACCGUUACGAUGGAACGAUUUGGUCGAGGCAUCUGGAGUUGUUGGAGCACAGCCAGGAGUAUUGUCCAGAUCUCCAUUAUCCGAUCCUUCUGGAGCUGACCAAGCAAAAGAAAACGUCACCCGGAUGA